ACCUGGUGCGGUUCGGAGUGUGUCGGCGGUGGGAUAUAGCUUUCUUGGUCAACUACUUGGGUUGUGGUUUCUCCGCCGGGCGAGAACUGGCUGACGGAGUUGGCUUCCCGCGGCUGUGUUUGAAGUGAUUUCAAUUAAGUAUGCUGAUGAGAGCGGAUAAUGCUAGCGGUCAAUGCUUUUGACAAUUAUCCGGCAGUGCGACUACUGGAAUACGGGAGUGGACGGCUUCAAAUCCAACCCGCUGCCGCCGCUUGUGAUGACGACGGUUAUGAUGAUUAUAAUGAUCGGUGGUGACCGAAUGGGCCAGGGACACGAUGGUUGGGGUCAAACGUAUAAUUAAAAGAAAUAAUUAAACGACGUGUGGCGCUGCGCGAGAUUUCGGCAUCGAGAAGCAAAGUACUAACUUAAUUGCUGCGUCUCAGAGGAGCUGCGGAUUUUUACCCCGUCAAUUUCUGAAGUAGGAAUAACGAGUCCUGCUGCGAGUGCUAUGGCCCCAAUAGUGCGAAUGGUGGCAAUGCUGCUACUCGAGUUCGUCACCACUUGUGUACAGAAGGAUGUUUCAGGCGUCGACCCCAAAUUCAGCGCACCGAUUUCCAACGUGACCGUUCCGGUUGGGCGGGAGGGCGUGAUGACGUGCACUGUUCACGAUUUGCACAAAUAUAAGGUCGCGUGGCUUCGAGUGGACACUCAAACGAUACUGACGAUCGAAACGCUGGUCAUAACCAAGAGCGAGCGGAUUUCCGUCACCCACACCGAGCAGCGCAUCUGGCAGCUUCGGAUCAAGGACAUCAAAGAGUCCGACAAGGGUUGGUACAUGUGUCAGAUCAAUACCGACCCCAUGAAGAGCCAGAUGGGAUAUCUCAACGUCGUGGUUCCGCCGGACAUUCUGGACUACCAAACCAGCCAGGACAUGACGGUUGUGGAGGGCUCGAACGUUACCUUGACCUGCACUGCGACGGGCGUCCCCAGCCCGACGAUACUGUGGAAGCGUGCCGGCGAAAAGUCGCUCGCCACCGUGGAAAACUCAGGAAUCACCACACACGACGGGUCUGUUUUGAAUAUCUACAACAUUCAACGCCACAAUGCGGGAGCAUACCAUUGCAUUGCUUCGAAUGGUGUCUCGCCAACCGUGAGCAAACGAAUUAUGGUUACUGUCGAUUUUCCCCCAAUUGUGAGGGUACCAAUCCGGCAGUUCACCACCGAAAUAGGCCAGAAAGCCACGCUGGAAUGCUUCAUCGAAGCCCACCCAGAUCCGAUUGCCUACUGGAUGAAGGCGAAGGGUGAAAUUAUUCUACCAGGCGUCAGCGAGGUGAAACAGUUCGCCGAGAAUAUUUACAAAGUAACAAUGCAGAUAGCGAUCCACCUGCAGAAGGCCAGCGAUUUUGGAAUCUACAAGUGUGUAGCCAAAAACGAGCUUGGGGUGGCCGAGGAUGCUGCCAAGAUACAAAAAAGGAUGAGUAGGAUAACAAUUGUGGAUGAACCUCCUACAAUGGUUUUGGAUGAGACUCAUCCAAAUAAUAUUGGAACAGCGGUGAGCCGUCAGAACAAGUUCCGGGAAAUGAUUCUUAGGGCAAAGAGCUCAUCAGUUUCUGCCGCAUCUUUGCAACGGACAAGCGAAUUACUUUUAGCGGUUGCGAUAGUGCUUGCGAGAAUAUGCCACUCUUGAUUCGUGCUUAAUUAAGAGAUAGGAAUGAAGCGCAGAAAAAAUCUAUACGAAUUAUUAACUAGUGAAAAUAAGUGACAAGCUAUCCGAAACAAUACGAUCAAAAUUGUUAAAUUUAUGAAUUAGCCGUUGUAAGAAAUUUGCCAUUGAUAUUUAUGAUAUAAAGCUGUAAAUACAAUCCGAGA